UAGGCGUUUGUCGCUUUCUGUAUGCAUGAGUGACGUGUUGGCAACGGUUUGUGCUGAUGGCAACUACAAUGCUGUCGAAAUCUUGUUGAAUGAAGAUGCUGACCCUAAUCAAGCUAACACGCACGGCUUCAAGCCGUUGUGUCUGGCAGCUUUCUGGGGACAUGAAAAGAUUUGCAAAUUACUUCUAGAGAAGGGAGCUGACAUAAAUGGUGUUAAUAUGACUACUCUGUGGACAGCAUUGCACUGUGCCGCAUUUCAAGGUCAUGGCAAAGUGGUGCUUACUCUUUUAGAAUACAAACCUAAUCUUGCAUUAUCUGAUCAUCAAGGAAGAACGGCAGCAGAUUUUGCAUCUGCAUUGGAUGCUGUUUGGUCAUUCUUUGCAGCUCAAGGAUGUCAGAAAACAACUAAAGCAGAGCUUAUAAAGAAAGGUAUCAUAAGAAAGGUGCCUGAGUUAGAAGAAUGUACUGCAAGUUCAACAGUAAAGCAAUCAGCAUCCAAACCAACCGGGAGACCUGGCUCUGCUUAUGUAAUUAAUUCACAGAAUUUACGUGGCAUCAGUUCCAAGUUCCAAGGGAGAGUACAGGGAAACAACUUAGUCACUCACGGUGAUGUUCUCAGUCACAAUGAGAUUUCCUCUCUACCAUCCAGCCAACCAAGCAUGCUGCUGUGGAAAAGUUAGGAAACGAUGAGUUGCAAUAUAUGGAGCAAAUACUUUAUUGUACAGUGUAGAACAAACACACUGAAUGAGUAGGUCCACACAGAAUAUGCUACACUUGCAGUAAAAUUCUUACUUCAUUUCAUUGUUAAGAUAAUUGAGAAACAUUGUUGAUUUAUUAUAUGUUCUCAAGAAGUUCA